GAGUUAUUGGGAGGGAACGAAAGAAAGAAGUAGAUUUUCUUUACUGUUGACUUUUACCCCAAUAACCAUAGGGUAAAAAAAAAACGAUUUUCUCAAAUAGUUAAAGAGUCAUUACAGCUUUUCAGUUGUCACUCACAGCACUCUCCUUCUUAACACACUUUUCUCCGUUCGAUCCCUCGCCGGCCGGCGAUGAAGAGACGGAGAGUUCCAGAGAUUCUAUGGAGGUUGUUUGGCAACCGUGCACGUACUCUAGGAGAUACAAUCUUAUCUCUAAUUCCUCUAAAAACAUCGGCGAAUUGCCAAUGCAAGGGUCGCCGGUGCCUCGGAUGCGUUGGAGAAAAUGCCUCCAUGUCGUUUCUUCUUAGGGAAAACGAUCCAGAUGAUUAUCGGAAGCUUCUUAACCAGUGCUUCAUUGUCGUCUCCGAUCAAGCGCCUCCUCUUCGCAGCUAUGAUCCUCACUGCCGCUGGCCACAUCUUGAGCUUGUUAGAAGGACAAUUGAAAUGACAAUAAGUGAGCAGUGCAGCAGCUCUAACGUUAUAAGUUUUGAUUAUGAUAAGAUGAGACGCUUUAGUGACAUAGUAGAGGUUCUGACAUCACCAUCAUGGAGCCUUCUCCUUAAAAGGAUUGGGGAUGUUCUCAUGGUUUAUUUACUAAAGAACACCUCAAUAUUUUUGCGGCUCCCUCGAAACAAACAUCAUCAGGUGGCAGGAGUUCCGAUCAGUGACUUGUGCCUAAAAUCUCACCUGCACAUAUGUGCCACUAACUAUAAGCCUUCACUACUUCAUCCUGAAUCUUGGAAAAAGAGAAGUGUAGACGAAGUAUACUCAUCAGCGAGGAAAGAAAUGGGCAUUAGGAAAAAACGUGAGAUGGAGAAAUUAUCUACAAAAACUACAGUAUCUGCUGAAGCUAAUUCCGCUUGCUGUGAAGUGCUUCCAUGUAGAGAAGGACAGUGUCACUCGAACAGACAUACUGCAUCAUGUGGAAAGCGUAAAAGACAAUAUAAAUGGCAGCGUCAAAGGAAGCAUAGCCAGUUGAAGGCUCAAGGAACACAUUCCUUAAUCCCUUGUAUGAGUUCCAACACUAAGGACGAGUGGUUGGGAGAUCUGAAGUGUGAAGUUGAAAAGACAAAUGCUUGCUGCUCUUGUUGUUUGGUCUUUGAACCUCUGUCAGAGGUCAAAAAGGAAAUUCUAAUCAACAGGCGAACCAUGUUCUACAAGUUGGAUAGUUGUUCGUCAGUAUUCCCAUCCAAGCACAUCCUGAAUUCCUUGAAGCCAAACUCUUCUGGAGCAAAUAAACUCUUCAAGGAAAUUUUUGGAUCCCUUGGUGUUAAUGUCACUACUGAGGCAGCUCCUUGCGUGCAUAGCAGCAACUGUAAUCUCAUCGCAUCCUCGUGUCUAUACCAUUCAAUUAUUAAGUUGCUGAAAUCUCUCAUCCGCAAAGCUCACCAGUGCCAACACUUAAGGCUGUUGGAAAAACACUGUUCUGCUCCAUCAUUGGACCAAGGCACCAAAAAUAUUGCUGCAACUACCUUGGAGGGAAACAAAUCUGAGGCAAGUAUACUUGCAAAUGAUUGUCCGGAAAGUGGAUUGCCAUGCUAUGACUUCAAGUCUGAAAGUUGCAAUACAACUUCAGAAUCACAAUCCUCUCUUGUGGAGCCAACCAAGUGUUAUUGUCUGAAGAAGCAAGUUGUAUCAUUUGUUUGGGCUACUUGUCGAAGUAUAGUGCCCAUAGAUUUGCUGGGGACUCCUUCUAAUUGGAGAAUUCUAACGAAUAAUAUUUACAAUCUUGUUAAGCUACGAAGGUUUGAGAAAUUCAUGUCCAAGCAGUGCAUGAGGAAAGUUAAACUAUCUAGUUAUCCUCUACUAUCAGAUAAGUACUCCUUUUUAUUGAAACAUAAAUUACUUGAACGCUGGAUAUUUUGGUUGUUUUCUUCUUUUGUUGUGCCACUGGUUCAAGCCAACUUUUAUGUAACUGAAGCUGAGCAUCAGAAACAAGAUAUAUUAUAUUAUCGCAAGCAGACCUGGGAGAAUCUUAUUUCCAAAGCUGUGACUUGCUUAAGGGAUCAAGGUUAUAAAGAAUUAACUGCUGCAUCUGUCAGGAAAAUAACAAGGACUAGGUCAUUUGGCUUCUCAAAAGUUCGACUAGUUCCAAAAAAAAGGGGGGUAAGAAUGCUUGCAAAUCUUAAAGCAUCCCUAAAGUUGCCUAUGAAUCAUCCUCUGCGACCCAGAGGUCGGAGAAAAGUAGGCGCUGGUAAAAAUGUCAAAUGUCACAAUUACAAGUCUGUUAAUGAAGUCCUCAAAGAUUUGCAUUUAGUGCUCAAACAUAUAGUAGCAAAAGAACCAGAGAGGUUGGGUUCAUCUGUAUUUGACUACAACGAUGUGUAUAAAAGGCUUCUCCCUUUCUUAUCAAAUCUGAAGAGUGGUUUUUCUGUUGAACCUGGAGUAUUCAUCGUUGUAUCAGAUGUUGAAAGAGCUUUUGACUCUGUAGACCAAGAUAAGCUACUAAGCGUGUUGGAUGAUCUCAAUUUGGAGGAUGAAUAUAUUUUCAGCAAAGUUGUUCAAGUUGUGUGCACUAAGAAGUCACUGCGGAUUCCACAAAACUGGACAUUAGGGAGUAAAGAGAAUAUCCCUGGUCCUGCCAAUGUCUGGUCUUGUCUUCCCACUCACUUGUUGCGUGGCAUUCUUGUAAAGCAACAGGUGAAAGGCAGAAAAGUAAGAAAAGAACAGCUUCAAAAUGAUUUGAAGGAGCACAUAAAGCGCAAUGUGCUGCAGUUAGGUAUCAAGUUUUUCUUGCAAUCUGUUGGUAUACCUCAAGGAAGUGUUUUGUCCACUCUGGUCUGCUCGUUGUAUUACGGGCAUCUUGAGAACUCAGUAAUAUUUCCAUUUCUCGAGAAAACUUGUACACGUGCCCCUGGAUUUCCUUCUGAGGAACGUUUCCUUGAUGAUACAACUGCAAGAUAUAAUCAUCUAGUGGCGUGUAAACCUAAGUAUCUAUUGCUUAGGCUUAUUGAUGACUUUCUUUUCAUCUCAACCUCAAAGGAACAGGCUUCUAAGUUCUUCUCCCGGUUGCAGAGAGGGUUUCGUGCCUAUAACUGCAACAUGAAUGAACAAAAAUUUGGAACGAACUUUCAGAUGAAUAUUAUUCCAGGUUUGGGAUCGGAUAGAUUAUAUGUGGUUGAAGAUGGAACCUCAUUUCUUCGAUGGAGUGGACUAUUUAUCAACUGCUCAACCUUGGAAAUUCUGGCAGAUUACACGAGAGGUCGGCCUUGCUGUAAAUCUGGGAAAGAUCCAUGUACAUUUACUGAGUGUCCACUUUCCACAGGAAAGAUUGCCUUGGCUUGUUGUGCAAGGCAUUUCUGGCUUUCAAGAUGGUCUAAUUGGUACUUGAAUUCCCCGCUAAGUUCAGCCCUCACUGUUGGCUGGCUAAAUAAACCAGGACGUAACUUGAAGGCUAGGUUGUGCAGUUACCUUAGGCCAAAAUGCCAUCCUAUAUUCUAUGAUUCUAACAUAAACUCAGCAGUUGUGGUCAGACUCAACAUUUAUCAAGCUUUUCUUCUCUGUGCCAUGAAGUUUCACUGCUACAUCUAUGAUUUAUCAUGGUUGUAUAGAUUCAGCACCAAAUUUUAUGCAGAUGCUCUGGGAAAAUCAUUGAGGUAUAUGAAAAGGCUCAUCAAGAAGAGGAUGUAUUCCUUCAAAACUGGUUCAGAUUUUCGUCCAAUUCUUGAAGUGGGGAAAGGGGAAAUCGAAUGGCUUGGAUUAACUGCUUAUAAACAAGUGUUGAAGAGAAAACAGUCAAGGUAUAAGGAGUUGUUACAUGUAAUAGAGGCUAAGCUCAAAGCACUUGGUAACCUAGUAGAAAGUACAGCCUCAGUAUUGCAACAAGCCACAGAUAUUAAGCGUUCCUCCAUACUAUGGAAGAUUAAGUAUUGACAACAGAAGGAAACAUACCUGUUUUGAAGUAAUUUUUUUACCAUUAUGUCCACAGUGCACUGUGAUUGGAAAAGAAGGUUGUAAAUUUUCCAUAGCCUUCUAAAAUGAGCUUGAUAUGAAAAACUAAACCAUGUUUUGUUCCUGA